AUGAGGUUCUUGGAUGUUUUCCGACCCGUUAUGCGGCUCCUGCCCGAGACCACAACUCCCGACAGGAGAAUCCCUUUCAACGAGAGGAUGGUAUGGACUGCUACUUGCUUAUUCAUGUUCAUGGUGAUGGGGGAAAUCCGAUUAUACGGCAUGGGGAAGGGGUCCACUGUUGACCCCUUCUACUGGCUUAGGACUCUCAUGGGCAGCCAACAGGGUUCACUGAGGGAGCUAGGUGUGGCCCCCGUACUAACCGCCGGUAUGAUAAUGCAGUUCCUCUACGGUUCAAGGCUCAUCUCAGCGGAUCUCAGCAGGAAGGAGGACCGCGCUUUGUUCCAAGGUGCUCAAAAGGUCGUCGUGGUCCUCGUUGCAUUAGUCCAAGCUUCUCUCCUUGUCGGUGCCGGUGCCUUCGGCCCUAUAUCGGCCAUUGGUGGUCUCAAUGCGGGUCUCCUAGUGGGCCAGAUGGUUAUCUCAAGUAUCGCAGUGAUGUCUAUGGAUGAGCUCCUUCAGAAGGGAUAUGGCUUUGGUGCCACCGGUAUUAACACGUUCAUUGCCAUGAGCGUAUGUGAACAGAUCUUAUCAAGUGGUUUGUCUUUCAAGACCAUCGAUGUUGGUCGCGGCCCGGAGAAGGAAGGUGUGGUGCUGGCCUUGUUCCAGCUCACGUUCAGAGAUGGUAUCAGUGGCCUUAAGGAGGCUAUGUUCCGUAGCGGUGCGGGCAAUAUUAUUACUCUCUUGGCGACAGUGUUCAUCUUCGCCUUGGUCAACUACUUCCAGGUGUUCCGAGUGGAGCUCCCCGUGAAGCACGUUAAAGCGAGGUCUCAUGCCGGCAUGUACCCUAUUAAGCUCUUCUACACUGGUGGUAUGCCCAUCAUCAUCUACGCUACUUGUCUGGCCAAUGCUUAUCUGCUAUCCCAGAUCCUCUACGCUAUGUUCCCCGAGAUGAAGGUCAUUGGAUUCCUGGGCAAAUGGGAAUACAGUGAGUUCACUGGGCUCGCCCGACCGAUUGCCGGCCUGGCCUACUACUUCUCACCGCCUCAAUCUACCGUAUCGAUAUUCACCGACCCCAUCAACUUGAUCAUCUUCGUCUCCUCGGUGCCGAUCUCUUGCGGUAUCGCUUCUAGAAUGUGGCUCAAUGUAUCAGGGACCGGUGCUAGAGACAUCGCUCGUCAGCUCAAGGACCAGCAGAUGACCAUGCGUGGCUACAGAGACUCCACCGUCAUCUCAGUCCUGGAUAAAUACAUCACGCCUUGUGCUGUUGUUGGCGGCGUUGUGGUCGGGGCGAUCGCAGUGACUGGAGAGCUCCUUGGGGCUGUAGGAAGCGGUGCAGGUAUUAUCCUUGCUGUCACAACCAUCUACCAAAACUUCGAGACUAUGUACAAGGAAGGUGGUAUCCCUCCUGAGCUAGCUGCUGCACUCUUCUAA